CGCCACACGUAGCCGAAGCUAUGAUGCUAGCUCACUGUUGGAGCUGUUGUACGUUAGCAUUAGCCAAAUUUAGAGAUUAAGGAAUAAGAGUAGACAAUAAAAAUUGAUUACAACUUAGAAAUUAAAGUGAGACAUUUCUUAGAAUCGACUUUUCAACGAGAAGAAGCGAUGUUCUGCUUUAAGACAGCUUGGUUUUCGAGCAGUGUGCCGCAGCAUCAUCUUGACUUCUGGAGGCAGGAAUGUGGGAGCAUUACAGGUUGGAGAGAAGCAGAUUACCUCUUCAGUACAGAUGCAACAUGUCCUGAUACACUAAGGAUAUUUGAAAGCAAAGAUUACAUCUGGAACAAGGUGACUGUUAUACACAGCUUAUUUCUGUCCACCUGUGAAAAGCGGCAAAGUGUGAAAUCAUUGGGAAUUGGUCAUUACGUGCUGCCUCCAGCUUGUGUACAGGAUGAGGUGAGAAAAGUGGUUGGCAGAUUCAUUUGGGAACACAAAGACGAAGAAACAGAUGCACAGCUAGAGAGACCAGGAUUUCCUCAUGCUUUGCAGGAUGUACAACAAUCUUCAAGUCUGUCAGAAGUCGAACACAGUGAGGAGCAAGAGAUAGGGAGCUUGAAAUAUGAAGCAUCAGACUCAUCAGAGAGUGAAACUGUCCUGUGGGACCGUUUGAGAAGCCCAGGUAGUUGUACUAUUCCAGUGUAUGUCAGCAUUGAGAAACUUCCCAAAUACUCUGGUGAUCUGUGUUUUGUUAAUCCUGAGCUUUUUCAAUGUUCAAAAUGUAAAGGCUACAUUUUUUUCCAAAAAAAAGAGUGAAAGGCUUUGGGGGG